CAGUGCAGCCAUUUGUGUGUGUGUGUGUUUUUGUGUGUGUGUGCGUGUGUGUGAGUGUGAGAGUGUGUGUGUGUGUGUGUGUGUGUGUGUGUGUAUGUGUGUGAAGGCGUCUUCUGUGGCCCGGCUUUGUGGCUGGGCUCAGUCUACACGGAGCGACCUGGCGGAUGCUGACUCCAGGUGGAGGCCAGACCCCCACCACUCGAGUCAUGUCGGAUGUGCUUCAGGAUCGGGGCAGGAAGCGCUGGGCACCACGCCACACCUGGAGAAGACCAUGGCGCAGCAAGACGAUGAGUCUCCGGAGUCCCUGCAAGCCUGUGUGGAGAACUUUGUUCUACCCCAAGAGAUGAUCAUCGAAGUGGACGGAGAAGAUGCUGGGUCACUGGACUUCAUGCCUCAGGAAAGCACAGACUUCAAGAUUGUGACUGUGGACCUUACAGAGGAGGGACAGAGUACGUGGAGCAAUGCCCAGAGAACCCCAGAGAGGACGGGGGAAGGCCACAGGGACCUGUGGGACUUGCCAGCUGUGCAUGAAACAGAAGAAACAACCUCAAAGCAGACAGUCUUCGAUGAAGGACCAUCCCAUGGGUUGAAGCUGGAGGGGUUGACAAGAGAUGAUCCUUGGCUGUCGUCAUGUGAAGAAGUCCGUGACUGUAAGGAGCAGUUGAAGAAACAACAGAACAAUCAAGAGGAGGUGGCCUUUACCCAGGGUAGAGCUGGUUCUCCUGAUACUCUCUACAGGGGUCAUGACCUUGACGGGAGUUGCUUGGGUACCAACCAGCCUUCAUUCCCCAUGAUACCCCUCAGAAACCAUUUUCAUAAGCAGGCGUCACAUGUUAAAAAGUUACAUGGUGAUGUUGUUGCAAACAGUCACCAAAAGAUCAGCGAUAGCGAGGAUCUCCUUGAAGAUAACAAAUCUGGGAAAGUUCCUCAGAGCGUUCAUCCCUCUCAGUUUAUAAAAACCCCACAAGGAGAUAAAGCCUAUGAAUUUAACGGUCAUGUUCAACCUUUCAGCCUAGGUGCGCCCCUAAAUCUAAACGAAAAAGUUCAUUCAGAAAGUAAAACCUUUGGCUUUAAAGGGCGUGGGCAAGUUUUAAACCAUAACAUAGUCCUCAAUGAGCAACAGAAGCUUCUUGUAAAAGAGGGCCAGUAUAAAUGUAGUAAAACCGCCCCAAGUCCGUCUCUUCCUCAGAACAUGAGAAACUACUCCGAGGAGAAACGCUUUGAAUGUAAGUACUGUGGCAAGUCCUUCAGCUGGAGCUCGCAUCUCAUUGCACACCAAAGAACCCAUACGGGGGAAAAGCCGUACAAAUGCAACCUGUGUGGGAAGUUCUUCACCCGGAGCUCACACGUCGUUUCGCAUCAGAGGAUUCAUACUGGAGAGAAACCAUACAGGUGCAAUCUGUGUGGGAAGUCCUUUACCCAGAGAUACGUUCUUGUGGUGCAUCAAAGAACUCACACUGGCGAGCGGCCUUAUGAGUGCACCCAGUGUGGGAAGUCGUUCCGCCAGAGUUACAAGCUCAUUGCACAUCAAAGAACCCACACGGGAGAGAAGCCAUACGAGUGCACCCAGUGCGGGAAGUCGUUCAUCCAGAGUUACAAGCUGAUCGCACAUCAGAAAAUUCAUUCUGGAGAAAAACCUUACGAAUGCAGUCACUGCGGCAAGUCCUUCAGUCAAAGCUAUAAGCUCGUUGCACAUCAGAGGACUCACACAGGAGAGAAACCCUUUGAGUGUAAUUACUGUGGGAAAUCAUUCAGCUGGAGCUCCCAGCUGGUGUCUCAUCAAAGAACCCAUACAGGAGAGAAACCUUACGAGUGUAACGAAUGUGGGAAAUCAUUCAAUCGCAGCUCACACCUUGUCAUGCAUCAGAGAACUCAUACUGGAGAGAAGCCGUACCAGUGCAAGCAGUGCGGGAAAUCCUUCAGUCAGAGCUAUGUGCUUGUCGUUCAUCAGAGGACACACACUGGGGAAAAGCCCUACGAGUGUGGCCAGUGUGGGAAGACAUUCAGGCAGAGCUCCUGCUUUACGCAGCAUCAGAGGACUCACACUGGAGAGAAGCCCUACGAGUGCAAUCAGUGUGGGAAGACAUUCAGCCUAAGUGCCCGGCUUAUCGUCCACCAGCGAACUCACACUGGGGAAAAGCCCUACAAGUGCGGCCAGUGUGGGAAGGCCUUUAUUAGCAGUUCUAAGCGCAGUAGGCACCAGGCUACUCACAGCGAGGAGUCCUGUAAGUCCUGACCAUUUGAGAGUCUGAGCCGGCGUUGACUCCUGUCAGUCCAAUCCUCUCAAGUUACAUGUGAAGGAAUGCACUUGACUGGAAAUGACAGUGUGAGAAGAAUGCACAUAGACCCUUUCCUUACCCUGUGUCGAUGAUAGGAAGGAGUAAGGCCUUCAGUUUGGCGGAUGUGGAUAAGAGGUCUCUGAGAAGAAAAGCUGUUACUCACAGGCAGGAGUGCGUUCUUGGAUGACUGUGCAGGCAUCAUCACUAAGCCAGCCUCAGAAGGCCACCUGCUGACUGGCAGAAGUCAUUUCCCAAAGCACUCUGUACAGAGAAGGCAGACGCUAGAUAGAGAAACUGAAUGUUAGCUCAAAUACUGCACGUUUAGUGCAGAAGCCCUCUAGUUUGUGAGUUCUGGCCAGGUCCUUGAGAGCACAGCUUCUCUGUUACAAGGCUGACGCUCUGUAAAUUUAGUUCAAUGGUAUGUGUUCUAAAAUGCUCUUACUUAGGAAAGUAACUGCUGGCCACCAGCUGUGCUCUCCUGCUUCUGGCUCUUUUCCUCCAUGCUUCUAAGUGGCUGAGCCACAAUCUCCCACCCCAUCUCCAGAUCAGAAUCCUCGUACCUGCUCACUGCAGGCAGACGAGCCAUUUGAUCCCUCAUUUAUGCAGGCUUAACCAGUCAGGUUCUAGUCAUAGCCAAACGUAAGCUCACUUUGGAGUGCCCUGCUGCUCUUCCAAGGAGCUGCUUCUCUAUCUCAAGGCUUUGCUUGCUCGUCUGCUGUCCUCGCUAGUCAUUCCGUGCCAUCAGGAGACAACAUAGGAGCCACUGCUGCAGAGUGACAGGUGGCCAUUGAGUUGUCAGGGCCCUAGGCCUCUAAACCAAGCUCAUCUGAGCCAAGGAAUGGACUCCCUUGCCCUCAGAGUCCCCAACAGUAUUCCUGUGGAUGCUGCCCAUGAGCUGCAUGUUUCAGGAAAUUCACAAGUAGAAUCAAGCUUGCACUAGCAUGGAGGUGAGCCCAUGCUAAAAACCCAUCUCUAGUGAGGCUAAAUCAGAAGGAUUGUUCAAGACCAGUCUGUGCUACAUAGCAAGACUGUCUACUGUCUAGAAAGAGAAGGAAAGAAAGAAAGAAAGAAAGAAAGAAAGAAAGAAAGAAAGAAAGAAAGAAAGAAAGAAAGAAAGAAAGAAAGAAAGAAAGAAAGAGGGAAAGAAAGAGGGAAAGAGAGAGAAAGAGGAAAAGAAAAAAGGAAGAAAAGUUCAUCCUAUGUCUACUCCCACACAUAUAUUAAAUGUUGGUUCUUUUCCCUGAAAAUAAAGAAAGCACUCAUUUCUGAAUCUCAGAGAACCUAAAUCUAAAACCAAUGGCCUUUCCUAAAAAGACUUAAGUGAACCGUUGACUGAUGGGUGUGUUGUGAUGACUCAACUUAGACCUUCCACUGGAUCACGGUAUUUGACCAUGUCAGUCUGCAUAGUUGCCCUGAUUGGUAGUUUAUUAUCUCUUUUAUACACUUCUGUUACAAGUGAAGAUUUUCUACAACUAAGGCAGAUGACCAGUCGAAAUGAAACACAUGUCAAGAGUGUAGAGAGUCCCUGGAACCUCCUUGAGAAAAUGGUUAUGUAUAGCCUGAAGUUGGACAGGGAUAAUUAUUUAUUGAUGUUGUAUGUUAUCUCUCAGAGAUGCAUGUUGUGCUAUAACAUGGGAAAAGGAAUAAAAACUUACCAGAAGCAAAAAAGAAACUUGUCCCAUUUGUUUGAGCUUUUAAAGAGUGGCCCACUAGAUGCCCUGUGGGGCUCAGUGAUUUCCACUAAGCUUAACCUAGGCUAGUCACUCCCCUGAGUUUAGAUUCUAUAGGAUCCCGAACAUGAAAGUGUUUCAUUAGCAAGGUGAACUAACAGAAAACACGGAGGCCUGGGGUUCUGUGGCUCCUUCACACAGGAGUGUUCCCAGUGCUAUUCUGCUCCCCUCCCAUGGUAUCGUCCCCUCUGCUAUCCUCAAAUAGAGUUUUCAGAGUGAGCAUGCUGCUUUGGGGAAGUGCAAGAAUGAGGGCUGGGAAGGUGGCCCAGUGGGUGAAGGCACUUGCCGUUCUUGCUGAAUUCAGUCCCCAGCAUCCACGUGGUGGCUCGCAACCAUCAUAACUGCAAUUCUAGGGGAUACAGCACUCUUCUGACCACCCUGGGCACUAGAUACACUGGUACACAGACUUACAUGCAAGCAAAGCACUCAUACAUACACACGAAAAAUGAAAAGUCCAGAAGUAAAUUCUCCAGGCAAGUUUUGCAGCUACCUUGUGAGGUGGUUCCCUCCCUGUUUAUGUUUUAUGGAGGGGUACACAUGCUGUUGUACAUCUGUGGAGUUAAUAGGGCAACUUAAUGGAAAUUAGUUCUUUUUCCAUCAUGUGGACUCUGGGGAUCAAACUCAGCUCAUUAGAUUUGGUGGCGAGCGCCUUUACCAAAAUGAGCCAUCUUGAUGUCCCUUGGCUUUUAAAAAUGUUGUGUCUGUCCUGAUCUUUGUUUCUAAAUAAU